AUGCACUGCUUCAUAAUGCCCAUUCAUCUUUUCAGCGUAUCCGAUGCGGACACUAGAGAAGUGGCUGACGAUUCCUCAGUUGCUUUACAAGCGCACGAACAAGAUUGUUUUGCAGUCGCUAUUGCUGACGAGCGAUGGCUAGCAUCUGGCGGCGAAGAUGAUGUCGCAUAUUUAUGGGAUCAGCAAGUUUCCGACUCUGACCCAGUCCUAAAAAUCGACCACAGAGACUCUGUAACAAGCGUCGCCUUCAAUAAUGCUCAAACAUUAUUGUCAACUGGUGAUAUGUCCGGGCAUAUUGUAAUCACUCAACUUGCAGAUUUGCAACCUCGAGCUAAGGUGUACGCUGGAAACGGAUCGCCUUGCACUGCUGGUCAUAUUCUCCCAGAUGGAAAGCGACUUCUCGCUGGCUACGGAGAUGGUGUAGUAAGUCAGUCAUUCUUUUAGAU